UGCUUCAGAGGUUUUCCAAGACAUCGUUAUUAACAUAACUUAAGUAUAACCAAAGAAAAAAGGUUACUCAUUGUUUACAUUGUAAAAUUGACUAUUAUUUAGCCAUUUUCUCAAUACUGAAAAUUCUCGAAGAAGAAUCACUUACAAAUAAUUUAAAACAUGUACUAACUUACCUUAUCUACUCAAGCCUAGGUUACUAGGUACAAAUAACGCAGUAUCGGUAUCAGGGGUGACAAUGUCAGUGAUGAGACAAAUUGCUCUUUUGGAAGCUGGGUGCCAACCUUGGCAUAGUCACAUCAUAGCAGCCAGUGGAAACAGGUUUGCUUAUGCAGCCACUUUAGCCAUAUACAUAUAUGAGAUGGACAGAAAACAAAAUAAGUUUUGUUUACAGUCUAUUAUGUCAGAACACAAAAAUACAAUUACUUGUUUGACGUGGCAUCAAACGAAUGAAGACUGUCUGGCCAGUGCAAGUGCUGAUCCACAAAUCUGUAUCUGGAAUGUAGCACAACAUGUUUUGCUUGCGUGUCUGAAAACGCCGCUGGCCAUACCAACGCUGAUAACGUGGUAUCCAGAAGAGAAAGAUAGUUUAGUUUAUCUAGAAAGUCAAGGACCUUUGUAUCUGUGGAGAUUUUCCAAGAGUGGUAAUUGUUCUUCGGGAAAUUAUGGAACUCAGUUGAAAGAGAUUCAACCCUUCCUUAGUGGUGUCACACGUAUACAGUGGAACUCUUUAGAAUCACAUCACUUGGCCUUAGGCCAUCAAGAUGGAACUGUUUCUUUAUAUCUAAAAUCACAAAAACCAAAGAGACAUAUUAAACUAAACUGCGGUGCAGACGAUAACACCAUUAAUACAGAAAACUGUGCCAUAACGGGACUUGAGUGGGAUCCCUUAUCGCCCCACUAUCUUCUAAUAGCUGUUCAGAACAGUUGCCUACUUCUAGCAGACAUCAGUGGAAACACUCUUCACACCAUUAUGAUUUUCAACAUGCCAAGCAAGGCUUCAACAGCUCAGACAAUAGCCUGGAUACCAAAUGCUCCGGGGAUGUUUAUUUCAGGAGAUUAUGAGACUGGAGUUCUUCGAGUGUGGACUGUUUCUCAGAGAGGACCCCUUGAAAAUAUUUGUUUAAAACAUAAUGGAUUCCAUGCUAUUCAUGUAGUCAGUUGUAACCAAAAGCAGUCUUCAAUGCAUGGAAAAACUGAAAAUCCUAAAGUAAAUCCAAAAAGGACAUCCUAUUGUGGACGAGGGUACGCUGUGCCUACGGCAAAAAUUGCUUGCUUGUUUGUAGAUGGUGGAGUUGGCCUUUACGAUCUCAAGAAAUGUAGCUGGGACUUCUUCAGAGACACU